GUGCGUGAUGAAAUUGAGCUAUCUUUUGGAGAACGCUGGGAUGAGCCAGGAUUAGAAGGAUACAUUGCCGCCAUGCUAGAUCCAAGAUUUAAAGACCUAAGUUUUGAAUCUGAAAAAUUUGAAACAACAAAGAAUGAAUUACGACAUCAAAUGAAAAAAGAUAUGAGAAAUAUAUAUCCAACAACUUAUGCUUCUGAAAAUCAUGUACCCUCUUUAUUAAAUUCAUUGUUUGAAGAAGCUCCUCGCCAAGUGUGUCCUGUCGAAACUGAACUUAAG